CCUGCAGCCGCCUGUCCCCACAGAUGCUGCAGGUGCCAUGAGCUCUCCCAAUGGACUGAGCUUCCCCUCCGGGCUGCUCUCAGGGGGCGCCUCCCCCAGCAGUGACGAGGGCUUCUUCCCCUUCGUGCUGGAGCGGCGGGAUGCCUUCCGGGGAGGGGGCCGCGGACCUGAGGAGUCCGAGGAGCCCGAGGACCUGGCCCUGCGGCUGCAGCAAAAGGAGAAAGACUUGCUGCUGGCCGCUGAGCUCGGCAAGAUGCUUCUGGAACGCAACGAGGAGCUGCGCCGGCAGCUGGAGUCGCUGAGCACCCAGCACGCAGAGCACGAGGAACGGCUCCAGCAGGAGAACCAUGAGCUGCGCCGGGGCCUGGCAGCCCGGGGAGCCGAGUGGGAGGCCAGGGCUGUGGAGCUGGAGGGCGAUGUGGAGGCCCUUCGGGCGCAGUUGGGGGAGCAGCGCUCGGAGCAGCAGGACAGUGGGCGCGAGCGGGCACGGGCACUCGGCGAGCUCAACGAGCAGAACCUCCGGCUCAGCCAGCAGCUGGUCCAGGCCUCCCAGACCGAGCAGGAGCUCCAGAGGGAGCUGGAUGCCCUUCGCGGACAGUGCCAGACUCAGGCCCUGGCAGGGGCGGAGCUGAGAACGCAGCUCGAGAGUCUGCAGGGUGAGAACCUGAUGCUGCAGAGCCGCAGGCAGGACCUGGAGGCCCAGAUUCGAGGCCUGCGUGAGGAGGUGAAGAAGGGCCAGGGCCAACUGCAGACCGCCCACGAGGAGCUGCUGCUGCUGCAGAGGGAGAGGCGGGAGCACAGCCUGGAGCUGGAGCGCGCACGCUCGGAGGCCGGGGAGGCGCUGAGCGCGCUGCGGAGGCUGCAGCGGCGCGUAUCGGAGCUGGAGGAAGAGUCGCGCCUCCAGGACGCGGAUGUGUCGGGCGCCUCUCUGCAGUCCGAGCUGGCCUGCAGCCUCGACGGCAACCAGGACGCGCACGCGCGCGGAGACGCCCCGACCAUCCUGUCCCAGGAGACCCAAGAGGUGUCCAGCCCCCAGCCUUCACCUGAGGAGAGUUUAGAGCCCCCCAAGAAGCGGGCACCUCUGAGCCCCGCGGAGAUACUGGAGGAGAAGGAGACGGAAGUGGCCAGGCUGCAGAAUAAGACCGCGCUGCAGCAGGCAGAGCUGCAGGCCCUCCGGGAAGAGCUGCAGAGGCAGAAGGAGCUGCGGACACGGGGUGACCCCCAGGAGGCCGUGAACGGCGCGCUCUCGGAUCGGGACGAGGCCGUGAGCAAGGCCCUGGAGCUGUCCCUGGAGCUCAGCCGCGUCUCGCUGGAGCGAGACUCGCUGUCCCGGGAGCUGAUGCGCACCAUCCGCCAGAAGGUGGCGCUCACGCAGGAGCUGGAGGCCUGGCAGGACGACAUGCACGUGGUG